CUAGACAACUUGGUUCCAUAAAAGCCCAAUUUCAGACACUUCCAUCCUUCCAGAAGCCUCUUUUACAACUCACUGCUCCAAAAUUUAGUUCAUUUGACAGUUAAGACACCCAUAAAAAUCUCACCUUUUAUAUACCUUCCAUUUUACUUUUCCAUUCUGCUCAUCCAUUGUUCUUCCAAUUGCUCACUUUCCCUCGCUUUCCCAAGAGAAAUAGAGAGAACCCAAGUCAAUAACAGUAAAAAAACAGACUUCCCAGGUAGAAAUGAGAGAAAUUCUACACAUUCAGGGUGGCCAAUGCGGCAACCAGAUCGGAGCUAAGUUCUGGGAGGUGAUCUGCGAUGAGCAUGGCAUUGAUAAUACUGGGAAGUACAGUGGUGAUUCUGAACUUCAGCUUGAGCGUAUCAAUGUUUAUUAUAACGAGGCUAGUGGUGGGAGAUAUGUGCCUCGUGCUGUUCUUAUGGAUCUGGAGCCCGGUACCAUGGAUUCCGUUAGAUCUGGACCGUUUGGGCAGAUCUUCAGGCCUGAUAACUUCGUUUUUGGCCAGUCUGGAGCAGGGAAUAACUGGGCUAAAGGCCAUUACACUGAAGGAGCUGAAUUGAUUGAUUCUGUGCUUGAUGUUGUCAGGAAAGAGGCUGAGAAUUGUGAUUGCUUGCAAGGAUUUCAAGUUUGUCAUUCCUUGGGCGGAGGCACUGGUUCUGGCAUGGGGACUCUUCUUAUUUCCAAGAUCAGGGAGGAGUAUCCUGAUCGGAUGAUGUUAACAUUUUCUGUCUUUCCUUCUCCGAAGGUAUCCGAUACAGUUGUUGAGCCAUAUAACGCCACUCUUUCUGUUCAUCAGCUUGUAGAAAAUGCUGAUGAAUGUAUGGUUUUGGACAAUGAGGCUUUGUAUGACAUCUGCUUCCGUACUCUGAAGCUUGCCACUCCAACUUUUGGUGAUCUUAACCACCUCAUAUCUGCCACAAUGAGCGGUGUUACUUGCUGCCUUCGGUUCCCUGGACAGCUUAACUCUGAUCUUCGGAAGCUUGCUGUUAAUCUUAUCCCAUUUCCUCGCCUUCAUUUCUUCAUGGUUGGUUUUGCACCUUUGACUUCUAGAGGAUCACAGCAGUACCGGGCUCUGACUGUACCUGAACUAACCCAGCAGAUGUGGGAUGCUAAGAACAUGAUGUGUGCUGCUGACCCACGUCACGGUCGCUAUCUAACCGCUUCAGCAAUGUUCCGUGGUAAAAUGAGCACUAAAGAGGUUGAUGAGCAAAUGAUAAAUGUCCAGAACAAGAACUCUUCAUAUUUUGUUGAGUGGAUACCCAACAAUGUUAAAUCCAGUGUGUGUGACAUCCCGCCUAAGGGUCUCAAGAUGGCAUCCACUUUUAUUGGGAACUCAACUUCAAUCCAGGAGAUGUUCAGGCGUGUCAGCGAACAAUUCACAGCCAUGUUCAGGCGCAAGGCUUUCUUGCACUGGUAUACCGGUGAGGGUAUGGAUGAAAUGGAAUUUACCGAGGCUGAGAGUAACAUGAAUGAUCUGGUAGCCGAGUAUCAGCAGUAUCAAGAUGCAACAGCUGAUGAUGAGGAGUACGAAGAUGAAGAAGAGGAGAUUGCUGGUUGAGAUGGAUUGAUAUUAGUUUUUUAAGUUUGUCUGUUUGUAUCCUAUGUUCCUGUUGAAGGGUCAAACCAGAUUGACAUGUUGAUAUGUAAUAUUGUGUGUCCUUGUAUCAGAAAUGGGUUUAUAUUUGGAGAUUGCUUUUGUUUUGAAUUUACAAUGAUGGAUGUUUUUGUAUGUAGUCAAUAGAAAUUGUUAACUUUGCCAAA